CAGCCUGGUAUUUUCCACAGUUGUGAGAAAUGUCAUCUUUUUCGCAGCAGAGCGUCACUUUCGGCCGUAUUGCGUGUUUUCCAAUCUGCGUGCAGGAAAAAGAUUGUUGUAAAAGUAUUUUCCAGGCGGUUUGAUCGAAGCAAUGGGGCCAACGCAUCAGCAGGCGGGGCGUGCCGCUAGCCGCAGCGGACCAAGCUGUAGCUCCAGCCAAGGGCUCGAUCAGGCACAGGCACUUCGCACCCAAAUACAGCUAGAAAUCGAGCAGAAAGCUAAAGUGUGUGCAAACACGCAGUACGAAUGUACGCUACCGCGGGUUGACUCGUACGUGUACUGCUUCCGGCACAUCCUGCAGGAUCCGAACGCUCCGUACAAGCAGUGUGAAUACGAGUUCCCGAACGGACGCCGCUGCCUGGAACCGUCCCCGAAGUAUGACGUGAAGAAAGACUACGGUUCCAACUAUUGCUUCGAGCACAGCCGACAGACACAGCUCAAGAAGACCAAAUCCACCAUCGGAAAGCUGGUGCCCGUGGAGACAACGGAAACAUUACUGCACGGUUUGGCACACCAUGUGAAGGUGGACAAAGCCAAGCAGCAUUACAUGGGCAGCAGCACCCCGCUCAAGAUAACCGUACACGAAGAUGACGAUGACACGGACGUGGACGUCGUAACACCAUCGGUGGAUCCUUUCGUCGAUGUCGAUGUUACUGCGAUUAACGAUACCGGUCGCAUCGUGCUGGAUUAUGCUUCCGAUUCGAGCGACGACGAUGAAGGCCUUCUCCAUCCAACGUAUGGUUCGUCCUGGAAGGCUCACGAGAUGGACAAUUCCGACAACGAGAGCGUCGAUUCGCAGGGUGAUGAUCCACUAAAGCACGCCGGAAUUUACACCGCCGAAGAGGUGAUACGCAUGACCAAGGAGAAACUGCACCGCCUGCAGACGCUGUACAUCGAACAGGUUCACCGUCUGCAGCACGUGUUGCGCGAGCGGCGUCGCAACUAUCUCAAAGAUCAACGUGCCGAGCGUGACGUUCACUGUAGCAUCUACGACCAGGUCAAGCAAACACCCCGCGAACGGUUGCUGUACGAGAAGCUGAAGGGAUUGAAUCGCUACCACCGCAAGCACGGUGUGGAGGCGAUACUUCAGCGUAAAUAUUUGGAAAAGCGCGCCAAAGCAACGGAGGGCCUUCAGCAGAAACCUCCAUCCCUGCCAAAGUGUUCGUACACGGAGGGUGGUGUGAAGUGUGGCGAGCGUACGCUACCGUGCUGCAAGCACUGCCGCAAACACAUCCUGGAGGACAAGAAGCAGGUGCUGUUCCGGGCGUGUGGUAUCGAGAAGAGUGGUGUCGUUUGCCAGGAACCGUUAGCGGGACUGUUCGAGAACGUGACCUGCCCGCUGCACAUGGAGCUACCGGCACAGCGUUCCUUUAACAAGCGCAAGUACGAGUCCGAAUCGGAGGGAGAGUGUGAAUCCAGUGCGAUGGAAGUUUCCAGUACGGUAGUGGUGGGUGGUGAAAGAGCUUCCACGAGCACUGCCGAUGCGCCAGAGGACAAGAAAGCGGUAACUUUGCACGCCAACGCUUCCAGUUCCGAGCCGGACACAAAGACACCAGUUAAGAGCGAAAACAGGCGGAAAAUGAUCAAAACCGAAUCGGCAACGCCGGCAGCGCGGGUCCGCAAUACACGCUCUUCCCGUGCAGCGAUGGCUAAGCAGGAAGACCAGCAAACGGUGAGCAAGACGGGCGAGCAGGAACUGAAGCAGGAACAAAACGCGUCACAGCUAGAACCUUCCGUCACGGUCAUAGAACACGUCACCGCCUCACCCACGUUCACCGCGACCCAGCUGAACGAUCCUGGCUUUGAUUUGGAAGACAAUGUCCUACCGGUUAGUGUUAUCAUUAAGAAUAAGCCUGCUGAAGCGGCAACUUCAGAGGAACCGGCUCAACCCGACGUUAACGAGAAGGAGGAUGAUUUGGUGAAGGAGUUAGAGAAGCGGGUUGAUAAAGAACCGGACGAUGGGGUCGUGCUUCCGGCUGAUGAGUUCGCUAAAGAGGACAGUAAGAAGGAGGAGACGCAAAUCGAUGGGGAAAAGGAGGAGGAGGAGGGGGAAGCAGCCAAGAUUACCACAAGCGAACAAGCGCACCAAAGUGAGUCCGGUGACACGGUGAAUCAGGAAGUGGUUGUAGAAACGGCUACAUCUACCACCACGUCUGAUGAGACUUCCGAGCCUGCUGAGUCACAGCAGGAGCAGGCCGGCGAUCAGGGCGAGCCAACAAAGACAUCGAAAGGCACACCGACAACGAGACAAAGGAAGGCGAAGGACGCAGCGGACAAGAAAGAAGCGUAGACCAAAAGCGGUGGUUGGUGAGAUGCAUUUUUGACCAUAAUCUCACAGUAACAACAUAAUUUACAUGUUUAUUUGUUAACGGAGAGCGGUUCGAAGAUUAGUUUGUUUCAUUACUGAUGAAUAAAUACCAGUAUAGUCUGUAAGGCCAAUGGUAUUAAUGACUAA